AUGGAGCCUUUGAAGAACCUUAAAUAUGCACCAUCACAUCCCGCUUCUACCGCUCAAAGCUUUCUAUCACCUACUUCUGUCGUCUCUGACUGUUAUCCUGAGGUAAUCAAGCCUCAUUCUGAGGCGGGCACUAACUUUAUUUGCUCUACCACUUCCACUGUCUUACCUUUGAUCCUUUGCACCACGCCGUCUACUGAGCCAUUGGACACCAGCUAUCUUGCUGCUAUAGAUCGUGAAGCUUCUCUUUCACGUCCCCCCUUGCCGCAGCCCUUACCACCAACUUAUAGUCUUUCAGCUCUUGCUACGCAAUCUGUGAUUAGCAGCCCAUUACAUCGAAUCGGAAAAUCUUGCCCCUCGAUAGUACACAUGCCUCAUUUGGAUUCUUUGCUGCUAGAUAUGGAAUCGAGGACUUCCGAAGAGAAGCACGAACGUGAACACCUAACCCUUCGAGGCGAUGUCACUAGAUCAACCAAGGAGAGAAGGUACCUGUUUUUUUUUAAUUUUAUUUGCUUUACACGGGAUUUGCUUUGA